ACCACGUGCAGUUUCCCAACUUCCUCCACUCCACCGACGACUCCUUCAAAGAAAAAUGCAUAAUUCAACCUUCUCAGUGGCAGGAAUGUCCUCCUCGACGAGCUCACACAAUGCAAGUCUGAACUCUUGGGGCAACAACAGUACCUCAACAGCAUUGGGAGGAUCGCUAAGCGCGUCUUUUGGCGACUCGUUGUCCCAGUCAAGAAGUCAUUAUCAGCCAGGGUAUCUAAUGUCAGCAUCACAAGUGAAUGCAUCGCCUCAAGGGAACCAGCGCGUCGAUGAAGCUCCGGUGGUUCCGACCAAGGCUAAAAUGAACCACUCACUGCUUAGGGGAUCUACUUCCGAGUUUGGGAUGGAUUCAAUGUUUGAAAGUACGAGAGCCAGACAAAGGCAGACCUUACCUGACGAAGACGCGCCACCGACUUCUUCUGUGAACGAUAUACCGAACGAGAUACAUUUUAACUCUGCUAGGUCAUUGCCAAGAAACACCCUUUCCGCCGACUCUCCUUUCUCUCGACGCUCACGCACUCCAGCGCCCUCUUCCCACCAGUCGUCUUCUCCCUUAUAUGUUGUUGUUUUUGGAUACCCGCAGGACAAGUAUAGCGUCACAGUUGAAUAUUUCAAGUCAUUAGGGGAUAGCACAGACCCCGAAUCCAACAACGAACUCGUCAACUGCUUUAGGAUAGGCUAUAAUGACCCAGGAGAUGCUAUGCGGGCAGUCCGUAAAAAUGGCGAGAUUUUGGGGGGAAGUUGGAUGGUUGGUGCUAAAUGGGCAGAUCCUGCGCAGGCUGAAACUGUGCUCGGCCAACCUGUUGCGAGAAACGGUUAUCUAAGCCAACCCGAGUCCACCAACUCUUCCAAUGCCAUGCAAGUCGAUGAAAUAAUGCCACCGGUGGGCCCACCUACGUUUGGAACGCCCCUCAAACUAGCGCCUUCCACUUCCGCGUUCAGACGCACUGCUCCUGGAGGUGCGGUUGAGAAACCACAAACACCACAGCCCAGUCGUGUAAAUCCUGUCGUACCUCCACCUCAGUCGUCGCCUAGCAAAGGCAUUGUCGGUCAAGUAUCGGAUAUGAUAUUUGGAUGGUAGCGGGGACACAGACGUCUUUGGUCUUACUAUCAUGUCCUUGGUUGAUGAUGAGCACAAUAUGGUCUAUAGAACUUCUCGAUCUUUUGCGUGGUAAACUGACAACCACAACAAUUUCAGUGAAGGAGUCAGGC